AUGCCAGGCGGAAAGGGCAAAACUGGUGGCAAGACUGGAGGGAAGGGCGACUCGCACGCGAAAGCGCCGAAAUCUCACUCUGCGAAAGCUGGCUUGCAGUUCCCUUGCGGUCGCAUAAAGCGUCAUCUACGCACCAUCACGCGCCAGAAGACACGCAUCGGCGGAAAAGCCGCUAUCUACCUUACCGCAGUACUCGAAUACCUCACCGCAGAAGUCCUCGAGUUAGCCGGGAAUGCAGCCAAGGACCUCAAGGUCAAGCGCAUCACGCCACGCCAUCUGCAGCUUGCCAUCCGCGGCGACGAAGAACUAGACUCCCUCAUCCGCGCGACCAUUGCUUUCGGAGGUGUCCUACCCCAUAUCAACCGCGCCCUGUUGCUGAAGGUGGAACAGAAGAAGAAGGGCAAGGCAGUGGAGGCAUAA